AUGCUUCGUCUUGUUUUCCACAAAAUUUUGAUUCAAGCCGCUCAGGAGCCUCAGGAGUCAGUUGAGACUCAUUCCGAACCAAAAAAGGGUUCAUACGAGUGGAAAAAGGCUCAUCUUACCCCGGAACAACUCGCUCGAACACCCGACAAUUCCGCCAAAUACAGUGGGGUCCCUCAAAUCCCUGUUGAUAUCGGAUACCGCUCAAGCAAGGACACUGCCGGAAAGAAAGAAUCGGGUGUCACCGCGCACGCGAUCAGCAAUCCAGCUGUUAUCAUUGGAAUGGGUUUAACCACAAUGGCAUUGAUUGGAAUGUUCAAAAAAUCGAUCAAAGGUGAUAGACUGGGAGCACAAAAAUACAUGCAAUACCGUAUCAUGGCUCAAUUCUUCACAGUGACCGCCCUCGUUGCUGGAGUCACGAUCUUUGCCUCGACGCCGGAAAAGGAGAAGAAU